AGUCGCUCCAAGCUUACGGGAGGAAAAGGUCGCGCUGAGCAAAAACCCACGCGCACGAGUCAAUUUAAAAAUAUAAAGUUAUUUCCGAAUAUCCUUAACCGAAACCAUAAAUCAAAACAUUAAUGAUUCACUCGCACAACCGUUCCAUAACCGUAAAUAAACAACGUGAAGUUAAUAGAGACUUGUAAAUAAUCGAAUUUUGAAAAUCAACCGUUUAACAUCGUUUAAAAGCAGUCAAACAAGUGUAAUAUUUAAACAGAGUAAAAUAAACAAAACACGCCGUGAUUGGAAUCUGUUUGCUCGAUGACUGUGCAGCCAACACAAAAAAUAAUAAUUUAAAAAAUGGAUUGGCGGGAGAAACUUUUCGGAAAAGUGCUAGUGAAAUGCGAUUCUCCAGGAACUAAGAAUGGAAAAUUUGAGAAUGUGCCUACUUUAGAAGCGUUGAGUGAUUGUGUCGAAGAAGGAGAAGGGGCUAUUUGUGGGAUAUACUUUUCUUUUGCGAAUAUAAGCGAUACAAGUGAUGAUUUUGGUGUGAGGCUUGAAGAAUUGUAUAAAGCAGUGCAGCCUCGUUUGAAGGUAGUCCAAGUGGUUUUAUGGGCUCAUGUUGGGACUCCUGAAGGGCCUGUGGAGCGGGAGGCGGGAUUUCGAAGGAGUUUGACCGGGAAACCUUGGCUUGCAGUUCCGUUUCAUGAUGUGGACACUAAGCGUCGUCUCACGCAAAAAUACAACAUAGCUGUGGGAGUUCCAAUGCUGGUGCUCCGUGGCCGGCCUGUUAGGGACGCGCUACUGUCAGACCCCGUGGGAGAGAAGUUCCCGUGGCCCGCCCCCCCGGUACACGAGCUGCUGAGAGGCGUGCAGCUCGAGGGUGGGAAGUGCAAGCUGUAUGAGGAGCUGCCGAAUGACAGCGUCAGGAUUUUCUACUUCGCUGCGCAUUGGUGUCCGCCAUGCCGAGCAUUCUCGCCCAGCCUCUGCGCAGCGCUCGCUUCAGUGCGCAAGCGACGGGCCAAGUACGCCAACACGCAACUCAUACUGGUCUCCAGUGACAGGAGCGAGCAAUCGUACAACCGUACCCUCCAGUCAGUGUUGCCAGUCGGCGCACUAUCCGUUCCCUGGUCUUCAUCAGACGCACGACUGGCGCUGCCAGAAGCUUUGGGGGUCGCUGGUAUCCCGGCGGUGGUGGUCACUGAUGGCGCUGGGAAGGUGCUGACGCUGAAUGGGAGACAGCAUCUAACGACUGACCCUUUGGGCCUGAACUUCCCUUGGGGUCAACGACCCGUGUCGGUGCUGACAGAGCAGGCUCUGUUGAAGAUGGCGCGCCAUCCCGCGCUCGUGUUGUUCAUCGACGAUGAGGACUCUGAAAUAGAAUUCGCCGAAUCUGUCCUCACGCCAUCCGCUGAAUCAUACUACGAGGAAUGCAGCAUCCAAUUCCCAGGUUUCUGUCCUUACCAGAAUUCCUCUGACGACGAAACCAUAGAUUUUGACUACCCGACAUCACGACACUCAAGACUGAAGAAGAAACCAUUUAAACACACGAUGUUUUACAUAGGAAUUGAUGGGACAGACAGCGCUGACAUGCUGCGAGAGCACAUUGGAUUAGAUGACGCUGUACCGUUGCUCACAGCCAUAGAUUUCCCAAAGCAACGUAUGGUGACCAUGAACUUUGGUGACGAAAUCACCACAGAUUCAGUGCAAAAUUUUGUCGAUGGUUACUUGAGCGGUAACGCCGUUUUUAAACCUCUCAAACCAUAUAGCGAAAAGUGUUAGUUUUGUAAUAAAUGUUGUUGUUUUAGGAAUUCCCUAUUGCACACGCAAUAAGGAAUUUUUGUAUGUUUUUUUUUUAUAUUGUACCUAACAUGUACAUAAAAGCUUUGCCGCCUUUUGCUAUGUCAAUUAAAACGUUUAUUUUAGAAUACUUUAUUAAUCCUUUCAUUGUGUAAGCAUUCGUUUGUGAAAAUAUACAACAAUGUAGUAUAUUCGGGUGCCGACAUAUUGGGAAAAAUCGUUUUCCAUAAGAUAAAAAACUUCGAAAACUAUGGAAUACGCCUCACGCUGUAAAUUUUUUUUUAAAAAUGCUCGGAACACUUCACACGUGAAGACUUUUUAAAAUAUGGACUUCAUACAGGUAAGAUCUUUAGUCAAAAUAAGUUUAUAUCAGUUUAUGACCACAGUUGACCAAAUAAUGCAGAACAUAACCUAAAAUUAAGUUAUUAUUUUCAGGAUAAUCCACUAAAUCCUUCUUUUUUCACAACACCAUUGUGUAGAAGGUAUUUUUGGUCGUAAAUCUGCAACAAUAUUGAAAAUUGGCGCUUUUUGCCUCCAUUGGCAAUGUUUGUGUACCUUAGUUUUACCAGUAACGCCAUCUAGCAAAAAGCGGCAAAGCUUUUGUGUACCUAACAUACAGUGCUGUCUGGCGGGAUAAAUGUGCAGUAAUACUCCCUAUUCGUCCCGAUCGAAUUCUUUUUAUGUUUUUGUCGACCUAAUGUGUGUUGUCUAAUCAUCAGGCCGGACUCUGGAGGUCCUGGCUUCGAUCUGCAGUCAGGUCAAGAUGGAAUAUAUAUAUAUAAAGGGUCUUUUUAGAUUAACCUGGGUUUUAGAUGUUUAUGUAGUUUUAUAUUUAUAUGUUAUAAACAUUUAGAAUCUAUCGUUGAGUUAGUAUCCCAUAACACAAUGAACUUACUUUGGGGAUAACACAAUGUGUGAUUUGUCCAGAUUUAUUUAUAUGAUUGUUUAUGUUAUUAUCAACACUGUUAAUAUUCAAGUCGCGACUAUCUACCGAUGUCUAGUGGCAAGCAGUCGCAUACACACUGUAAAACUAAAUGGUACCUUGUGUACGUAUACCAGUGUGCAGGCUAAAAUUUUUCAAGAGCCCUAAAAAAUAUUUUUAUUUUUUUUUAUAUGCGCAUGCACAAUGACCAAAUGCACUUCUAGCACACAACAAAACAUAAAAUCAAGCAAACGAAUAUUAAGUUACCUACCUACCUCAUGGAAUUAAUAGGUACUCCGUCGAAGUACGUACUAAAUCCAUGACCUAUGUACAUACAUAUUAUUCGUUUGUUUAAUUUCCCGUCAGUGACACCUGUCUGCUUGACGUUACGCGUGCGCAUGCGCGCUCGUGUCCCUCGCGCUGACGUAGCCGCUGCGGUGGCGCUAGUCUCGCAAUGUUGCCAGUGUGUAAUUAUAUGUUUUUUAUUUUGUAAAUAGCAAUAAAGUAGAAUUACUAGAAAUGUUUAAUGCCGGCUCUGCACUGUCGCCGAACUAGAAUUCAUGCCGUCGCGAGAGCGCGAAGCGCGAACAUUGCGUAGUUUGUAUGACUGGUUUUAUUUAUCACUCUAAUUUUUACACGCAAUGAAGAACCAGUAAUGUAUGCCAAAUCGCCAAGUUAGUGAACUGCUAGCCUACCAUCAACUUUUACGGAAUGAUUGAAAUGCAACACAGUUUAAUAAGAACCUAAAAUGAAUCUUAUUCAUACUAAAAAUUUACUCGAAGAUCACUGAACCAGAUCGAAUCAAAAGAUGAUGGUGAGCCCCCUGGUCUGCGAUAGUAUGGAGCUGGAAUUAUCUAGGAAAAUAUGUAUAAUGUGUUAAUUAGCUAAAAUAACUAAUAAUUAAUAUAAAACGCACGAAUGUCGAUCUCUGAAAUAUGUAGUCAUUGAUUCCCACGAUAAUGUUAUGUAAGAUUAUAACCACACUUAACUAAAGACAAGAAAACUAAAAACGUCGUGUCAUCGUAUCCAAAUGAGAUAGAAGAUUUCUAUUGGUCACAUGGUAAGGUACAAACAUUAUUAUUUUUCUUUUUUGUUGAUCUGUGGGGACAAAAAAUGGCACUAUGUCGUGUAUUUCUCGCUCUAGUGUGUGCGAAACCAAAACAUUUUCUCUGUCGAGAAAUACACGAAAAGAAACGAGACGCUAAUAUCUUUCGUCCCUCAUCACGCGCCCGGCUCAAUCUGCCAAUUUGUAUGAGAUUACGCGGAUUUUGUAUAUAUUUGUGAAUGAGACGGGAGCAUAGUCGAUUACAUAUUACGAUUUUAGUUUUUAUAUGACGUACAUACAUACACAUGGUCCGACUAAUUAGGAAUGCCUAGAAUGCCAAAGAACGUUCAAAGUGAAGAAGAAAAACUAGGAAAGCGGAUCCUGGGUUCCGACAAUGUGCGCCUGAAGAAGAAACCGGGAAAACACACCGACGACGUAGAGAGAGAGAAUGAAUAAAUACAGAACGUACCUAAACCUAACACUUCAUUUUUAACAGUUGUAUAAGAUGCUCGCCAGGUCGGGUAGGUAUACCUAAGUGGUGUAUCUACCUAAGUAGAUAAUUAAGUAAUAGUUAUUUUAAGGCCCUGUUUCACCACUUUCUGAUAAAAUAUCAUAUUGUAAUAUGACAGGUAAAUUAACAGCACUUCUAGAACACAAUUUUUAACGCUGUCUGUUCGAUAUGUUACUUUGUCAGAGAGCGUAGAAACAGGUCUAUAUUUUUGAAUGAAAUACAAUUUCUACUUUCAAUGCAAAUCCAAAGAUGUUGAUGGUUUUAACUACUUUUUGUAAUUUCACAUAAUCAUUAUAGGUAAAUAAUAGGUGGAUAUUAAAAUAAUUUAAGCA